AUGUCUGGCUACGGUCUCAAGGCCAAUGCCGAUGGCACGCCCGCCGGCGACGGCGUGCCCUUUACCAGCCCGAAUCUCGCCCACCACGGCGACGUUGCCGACGACAUGUUUGACACUCGCCUGCACUCACCAGCCGAUACCCUCCACAUGGAAGAAGAUACCGAGACUGUGGAGAUGAGCCGCCGCGCCUCCGCCGUCCAGGCCUUGGCGAGCACUUUCUCCCGCGAUGGCCACUACGAGAACCCUUUCCACGCCGACAAGGAAUCGCCGCUCAACCCGUCAAGCCCCAACUUCAACGCCCGCGAAUGGGCCAAGUCCAUGGUUCAGAUGAACCGCGCCGGCCAAGACGAUGACCGCGCCGGCUUCCGCGCUGCGGGCGUCGCCUUUCAGCACCUCAACAUCCACGGCUACGGCUCCGCGACCGACUACCAGAAGACAGUGCUCAACACCUGGCUCAGCCUGGCCGGUCUCGUGACGAGAUUCCUGCCCGGGCGGCGGCAGUCCAAGAUUGAGAUCCUGCGCGACUUUGACGGCCACGUGCACCCGGGCGAGAUGCUGCUCGUCCUGGGCCCGCCCGGCGCCGGCUGCUCCACGUUCCUCAAGACGGUCUCGGGCGAGAUGAACGGCAUCUACGCCGACGACGGCUCGUACUUCAACUACCGCGGCAUGGACGCCCGGGAGAUGCACACGCGCCACCGCGGCGAGGCCAUCUACACGGCCGAGGUGGACGUGCACUUCCCGCAGCUCACCGUCGGCGACACGCUCGGCUUCGCGGCGCGCGCGCGCCAGCCGCGCAAUCUCCCGCCCGGUGUGGACGACCGCGCGCGCUUCGCCAACCACCUCCGCGACGUCGUCAUGGCCAUGUUCGGCAUCGCGCACACGGUCGACACCCGCGUCGGCAACGAGUACGUGCGCGGCGUGUCGGGCGGCGAGCGCAAGCGCGUCACGAUUGCCGAGGCGGCGCUCUCGGGCGCGCCGCUGCAGGCAUGGGACAACUCGACGCGCGGGCUCGACUCGGCCAACGCGAUUGAAUUUUGCCGCACGCUGCGCCUGCAGACGGAGCUCUUCCGCACGACGGCCUGCGUGUCCAUCUACCAGGCGCCCCAGGCGGCGUACGCGCUCUUCGACAAGACGCUCGUCAUCUACGAGGGCCGGCAGAUCUACUUUGGCUCCGCGGCCGAGGCCAAGCAGUACUUUGUGAGCCUCGGGUACGAGUGCCCCGCGCGCCAGACGACGCCGGACUUCCUCACGUCCAUGACGUCGCCGAUUGAGCGCCGCGCGCGGCCGGGCUGGGAGUCGAGGGUGCCGCGCACGCCAGACGACUUUGCGGCGGCGUGGAAGGCGAGCCGUGAGCAUAAGGCGCUUCAGGCUGAGAUUGAGCAGUACAAGGUCGACCAUCCGAUCGAUGGCCCGGACGCCGAGGCAUUCCGGGCCUCGAAGCGGGCCCAGCAGGCAAAGAGUCAGCGCGAGGGCUCGCCUUUUACGCUCUCCUAUCUGCAGCAGGUUCAGCUUUGCCUGUGGCGCGGCUGGCUGCGCUUGUCCCGGGACCCUGGUUUGGUGAUAGGUGCCAUUAUUGGAAACUUCAUCACUGCUCUUAUUGUCGGCUCCGUCUUCUACAAUCUGCCUGAAAGCACAUCUAGCUUCUUCCAGCGCGGUGUCCUUUUGUUUUUUGCCUGUCUGAUCAAUGCCUUUGGUUCUGCUCUCGAGAUUCUGACAUUGUACGCUCAACGUCCAAUUGUCGAAAAGCACGCUCGAUACGCUCUAUACCAUCCGUCAGCGGAAGCAAUCUCUUCUAUGAUUUGCGAUCUCCCGUACAAACUCGUAAAUGGCAUUACGUUUAACGUGACGCUAUAUUUCAUGACAAAUUUAAGACGGGAACCAGGGAGCUUCUUCUUCUUCCUCCUGAUCUCGUACACUGUCGUCUUGGUCACAUCGAUGCUCUUCAGAACUGUCGGGUCUGCGUCGCGGUCGCUCUUUCAAGCCCUGGUGCCGACAGCACUUAUCAUCAUUGGCCUUGUCAUGUUCACGGGCUUUGCCCUGCCUCGCCAGUACAUGCUGGGCUGGUCCAAGUGGAUUACCUGGAUUGACCCUCUUUCGUACGCGUUUGAGGCGCUCAUCGUCAACGAAUUCCACGGCCGCGACUUUCCCUGUGACAACUUCAUUCCGCAAGCCAGCGCCGUCGGCUACGAAAAUGUCGGCGGCGUCCACCGCGUCUGCAACAGCAUUGGUGCUCUACAAGGCGCCGAGUUCGUCAAUGGCGACCGCUACUCUGAGCAGGUGUUCAGCUACAGCUUCAGCCACCGUUGGCGCAACUUUGGUAUCGUCUGCGCAUUCAUCGUCUUUUUUCUCUUCACCUAUCUGAUUGCCGCUGAACUCGUCUCCGAGGCCAAGUCUAAGGGUGAGGUGCUCCUGUAUCCCCGCAGCCGCAAGCCUGCUUUCAUUGCCGCUGCCGAAAAGAACGGCGACGCCGAGACCGGUGCUGCCCACACUGGAUCGAGUGGCUCUUCAGACUCUGACGCCGAUGCCGUCAUCCAGAGGCAGACCGCCAUUUUCCAGUGGCAUGAUGUGUGCUACGAGGUCAAAAUCAAAAAAGAGACUCGCCGGAUUCUGGAUCACGUUGAUGGAUGGGUUAAACCCGGCACCCUCACUGCCCUUAUGGGUGUGUCUGGCGCUGGCAAAACCACGCUCCUCGAUUGCCUCGCCGAUCGCACCUCUAUGGGUAUCAUUACCGGCGAGAUGCUCGUCGACGGCAAGCAGCGUGACAUGUCUUUCCAACGCAAGACGGGCUACGUCCAGCAGCAAGAUCUCCACCUGCCCACCAGCACUGUCCGCGAGGCCCUCAGCUUCAGCGCCUUGCUCCGUCAGCCGGGCCAUGUGCCUCGCGCGGAGAAGCUCGCCUACGUGGACGAGGUCAUCAAGCUGCUAGACAUGCAGGACUACGCCGAUGCCGUCGUCGGCGUGCCCGGCGAAGGUCUCAAUGUCGAACAACGCAAGCGUCUCACCAUUGGCGUCGAGCUUGCGGCAAAGCCUCCUCUUCUGCUAUUCGUGGACGAGCCCACGUCUGGCCUCGACUCCCAGACCUCCUGGGCCAUUCUGAACCUUCUCGAGAAGCUCACCAAAGCUGGUCAGGCGGUCCUCUGCACCAUCCACCAGCCCUCGGCCAUGCUCUUCCAGCGCUUCGACCGUCUUCUGUUCCUCGCUAAAGGCGGCAAGACGGUCUACUUUGGCGACAUUGGCGAGAAUUCGUCCACCAUGGUCAGCUAUUUCGAGGGCAUCAGCGGCUUAAAGUGCCCAGAUACCGCCAACCCAGCCGAGUGGAUGCUCGAGGCCAUCGGCGCCGCCCCAGGAAGCCAUACCGACGUGGACUGGCACGCCGCCUGGCGAGCUAGCCCCGAGUACGAAGCCGUUCAAGCCGAGCUGGAGAGAAUCAAGGCGGAGAGAGCCAGUACCUCUCAGCAUGAAAAGUACGACGCCGCUUCCUACCGCGAGUUUGCCGCUCCGUUUUCUCUGCAGCUCCGCGAGAAUCUGGUUCGCGUCUUCCAGCAGUACUGGCGCCAGCCCACCUACAUCUAUUCCAAGGCCUCGCUUUGCGUUCUCGUCGCGCUGUUUGUCGGUUUCGUCUUCUUCAUGGCCAAAAACUCCAUGCAGGGUCUCCAGAACCAAAUGUUUGCCGUCUUCCAGCUCCUCACAGUCUUUGGUCAGAUUGUGCAGCAGUCGAUGCCCCAGUUCAUCAUCCAGCGAGACCUGUACGAGGUUCGCGAGCGCCCGGCCAAGGCCUACUCGUGGGUCGUGUUCAUGCUCUCGCAAAUCCUUGUUGAGAUUCCGUGGAACGCGCUUAUGGGCGUAUUCAUGUACUUUUGCUGGUACUACCCCGUCGGGAUGUAUCGCAAUGCCGAGCCCACCGACGCUGUCCACGAGCGGGGUGCCUUGAUGUUCCUCUACCUGGUAGUCUUUAUGAUCUUUUCCGGCACCUUUUCCACCAUGGUGAUUUCUCCGUUCGAGACUGCCGAGGCCGGCGGCAACGUCUCCAACCUGUUCUACACCAUGAUGCUCAUUUUCUGCGGCGUCAUCUCCACCAAGGAGCAGCUGCCGGCCUUUUGGCGCUGGAUGCUGACCGUGUCGCCGUUUCGAUACAUGGUGUCCGGUCUGCUGUCAACGGGCGUGGCCAACACGGUAGUCGUCUGCGCCGAUAAUGAGAUCCUGGUGAUGCAGCCGUACGAGAACCAGACCUGCCAGCAGUAUCUCGGCGCGUAUGCCUCCGACAUGGGCGGUUCGAUACUCAACGGCGGUGCUACCAGUGACUGCCAGUUCUGUCCCUAUUCCACCACCAAUGGCUACCUCGCCAAUCUCAAUAGCUACUACUCUGACCGCUGGACCUAUUUCGGGGUCAUCUGGAUCUAUGUUGCCUUUAACAUUGCCGCGGCUCUCUUCUUCUACUGGCUCGCCCGUGUUCCCAAGAACAAGUUCAAGAAGGGCGAAGAAAGCCAGAAGCCUGUCAAGAAAAGUAGUGAGAAGUCUUGA